AUGUCGCACCCCGAUUUAACCUCGCAUCAUGUCAAUUAUUUAAUAUGGAGGUAUCUCCAGGAGUCGGGUCUUGGUGAUGCUGCUGUAAUGCUACAGCGCGCAUGGAACCAUGAUCCGCAGAGUUUACCAUUUGCUCCCUACAUCAGAACUCAUGCGCUGGUGUCCUUGGUCCAGAAAGGUCUACAGUAUCAUGAACUCGAGAAGUCUCUCGACAAGGAGGGAAACCCGGUCCCUUUCACCCCAUCCAGUUAUUUCUUCGGGCCACAACCACUCGAAUCGGAUUUGCUGCGUACUCCAGCUGGCCCGGCUGAAGCCGCGGACCACGCGGCGCUUGUCUCGCCAACCAGCAAAGUGGCGCGAGACGCCGCGACCAACGGUCACCUGACAGCCGAGACUGGCAAAAAGUCACGCAAGGGAGAUCGCGCGGACACUGCUGUGGCUGCUGCGAACGGUGAGGAGAGUUCUAUGGAAAUCGACACCAAUGGCAUCCACAAGGAUCACGAUGAAUCCCCUGUCGCCGAUGCGACCAUCGACGGUGACGGGGAUGUAAGCAUGAUUCGGUCGGAAUCGCAAGGUCAGGAACCAGCCGCGCCGCCACCGCCGCCCCCACCGCCUACCUUGGCGACCGGCCACAGCGUUGGCGUCCAGAUCAGCCCCGCCAAGGCCGCUGACCUCAGCCCCGGCACUGCGCUACUGAAUGUGGCUGGUAAGGACCACGUGACACGAACCUUGUGGCGCCCCCGCGAUCCCACCGUUGUCGUAGCAGCCGGUGAUACCUUUUGCAGCCUGUGGAAGCUGUCCUCCUCGUCACAGCCAGCGCCAGAAAACCUGGUUGAUGGCUCCCGGGAGGACACUUGCGUCUCUGCCGUGGCAUGGGACCCAACCGGUCAGAAGCUGGCCGUCGCAACCUACAAUGACAUGCGCGGCUCAAUUACCAUGUACGAUGUGCAUGGCCAUGCAGUCGACCUUUUGCCCGAGGUGCCUCGCAUGAUUACGGGCUUGCAUUGGGCAGAAAGCGGCUCGCAUCUGGUUGUUGUUGCGUCGGACAGUCGAGUCUCCGAGCUGGCUCUCUGGGACGAUUCAUUACGGCCGGAUGUGUUUCCCGCGCCGCAAGUGAUUGAUGGGUCUAUCUAUGACCUGAGCUGGAUUGGACCAAACCAAGCCUUCGCAUGCAGCGACGGUUCGGUCUAUCAAUGUCAGGUCGACUCAAGCAUUCAUAUCACCCGGACGUUCUCGUCUGGUGCACCUGACACCACAUGGACAUUUAUCCGCUGCGCCAGUGCCGGGCCCUCCUCUUCCAUGGCCGUAGCUGCAUCCUCGUCCACCGCUUCGUUCUGGAUUCCCACGCAUGAUAUGCGCCUAGACGAAGCGCACCAGGGCGACAUUACGGCUAUUGAACUUCGUGCUGAUUCUCGGCAAUCUCCAUUUGUCCUGGCUUCUUCUUCGGCUGAUGACACCGUUAAGAUUUGGCAUAUUGACCCGGGGUCGAAACGUUUCGAGUGCAUCCACCGCUUAUUCCUUGGGCCGUCUAUUCCCGCUCUUGCUGGAUGCUUUUCACCGGAUGGUUAUGCCCUGGCGGCCGCCAGCAAGGAAAGAUUGUACAUUUGGAAUGCUGAGCGUGGCGGCUCGGCGAUGGCCACCUGGGCGCUUCCAAGUUCAGAAGAUGCCAAAGAAGGCCCGGACCAGGCUGUCAAUGGACACAAUGGGACGGGUGAUUCAUUACCUGAUCGGUCCCUUUCCUGGGAUACUAAUGGGAAGAAGCUUGCCUUUGGUGUUGGCCAUCAGAUGGCUAUUGUGAAUUUGCAACGUUGA